CAGAAGUACAACAUCAUGGCAACUCGAAACGGUGAUGAUCCAUGCAGGUCAUGUUCAUCACACAAAAGAAAAGUCAAUGAGGUUGAUACAGAGCAGGGCAAAGUGAAUGAAGCAGAAAAUCUCUUACAGAGCACUGUAUACUACCAAAAUCAGAGUGAGAUGGAAGAGAGUACAGAAAAUGGAAUGAUUGUGCCUGAUCUGCCAGAAACCACAAACCAGACAAGUCCCAGUUCCAGUAUGGAAAUAGGACGUCAGCUGGCAAUCAUUGGAGAUGAACUUAAUCAUCAAAAGAACAGAGAAUUUCAAGGUGUGCAGGCACACCUUUUUCUCCCAUCUGAAAAUGGAUAUGAGCCCUUCUGUAGAGUUGCUGAAAGGUUAUAUGACAAUGGAAUCAACUGGACCCAAACAAUUGCUCUGCUGAGUCUCAGCUACAAAAUGGUGACUUAUGUCUAUCGGAGAGCAGUUAUGGGGUGUUUUGGCAAAGCUACAAAAUCUGUUGCAAAGAUUAUUGCAAAGAACCAAGUUGCUCAAUGGAUUAUUGAACAAGGUGGCUGGACCACUGCCUUGUCCAUUGAGAAUGCCAACCUGAAGUGGCUGUUUGGAAUUCUAGUGGCUGUCAUGCUGGGCGUGGCGAUUGCCCAAAGAUUUAUAACCCAUGAAUAGUUCCAUGUGCUGUGCUGGAUUGUCAAAGCUGGUCUUAGACCAAGCAGCAUAUCUGCUGAUUACUUCACCCUGGUGGUGGAUAUUUUUUAUUAUCAAGUUUGACUUUUAGAAAUAAUGUUUUUCAAAUAUUUUUGCUUUGGAUAUUUAAGUUUUUUUUUGGGAAAAGUGCUGGGCCACUCUUACAUUUUCUAAACUUUAAUAAUAUAACGAUGUAAUUGAAUAUAUGACUGUUGCUGAUAACUGUCUAGGUUGAUUGCCUUUGGGGAUAUUUGCUAUAGUUUUUCCUAUAUUGUACAAAAUUAUUGUGAUGAUCCUGGCAACACUGUCUUGAAUUAUAAUAUGAAAAAGAGCUAUUAUUACAUAAGUAUAAAAAGGAUGAUCGUCAUUUCUAGUCAGAACUUUUACUUAGUGAAAUUUUAUUGUUUGGUAUUGAUGGAACAUGAUUUGCCCAUUUGAUGCAGGUGUUAACUUGUUUGGAUCAAUACAUCCAUCCAGUAGGGCAUACCAUAAAAAAUAAAAGCAAGACUCCUCAGAUGCUCGAAAUCUGAAAUAAAAGUAGAA